AUGGGAAAAUGGGAUACCUUGCUUGUGUUGUUUGUGUUAGUCACAGUGCAUGCAACUGCAAGUGCACGUGAUGUGCCAAAGGGUGGUGGUGGUGAAGAAGAAAUCCUAGGUGUGCAUGCAAGUGCACCACAUGCAGGUGUUGGUGACAAGAAGCACUUUUUGUUUGGUGGGGUUGGUGGAUUUGCUGGGGUGGGUGGUUUUGUUGGAGGUGCAGGGGGGAUAGGGAAGUUUGGUGGAGUUGGUGGCAUUGGAAAAUUUGGUGCACUUGGUGGUGGGAUUGGUGGAGGGAUGGGGAAGGUUGGUGGAAUUGGAGGUGGUGCAGGGAUUGGUGGCUUCCAUGGCAUGGGUGGUGGUGCAGGAAUUGGAGGCUUCCAUGGCAUUGGUGGUGGUGCAGGACUUGGUGGCUUUCAUGGCAUUGGUGGUGGUGUAGGUGGAUUAGGUGGUGCAGGACUUGGUGGUUUUCAUGGCAUUGGUGGUGGUGUAGGUGGAUUUGGUGGAUUAGGAGGUGGUGUAGGUGGAUUAGGUGGAGUUGGAGGUUUAGGUGGUGCUGGUGGUGGUGUGGGAGGUUUAGGUGGUGCGGGUGGUGUGGGAGGUUUAGGUGGUGGUGGAAAUGGUGCUAUGGGAGGUGGAAAUGGUGGUGUUGGAGGUUUAGGUGGUGGUGGUGGUGGUUUGGGUGGUGGAAGUGGUGGAUUAGGUGGACCUGUUGUGCCAGGUGGUGUGGAGGCUUUAGGUGGAGCUGGUGGUUUGGGAUGUGGUGUUGGUGGUGCUGGUGUCUUUCAACAUUGUAACGAUCCUUGA